AUGACCUGGUCCCGCGGGUUGAAUGAUGACGCCGAUGUCACCAGUGCCCUCAACAUUAGAGAAUCACGCGAGUUUACUGGCACCCGCCGGGAAGACACUCUCGCCCCGCCGUCUUUGUCCCCAUACGAGGACGCGCCCGGCUUUCCACGGGAGAAUGAGGUAAAUCAGAUCGGAGCUCAAAACGGCGAGCUCUCCAAAUCAUGGUAG